AUGGAAAAAGAAGAAAUCAUUGAUGCAUCCGAGCUUAAAGAAGCACUAAUAAAGUGCAUUAUCGUCGCCAAUGAAGAAUGUUUCCCAGACGACAUCGCCGCCAUCCGAAGUGGAAAACAAAUAGCCGGUAACUCAAUUCUUCGUAAGGUAAACCGUUUUAUAGAUUCCGAUGGAGUACCAAAGACAAAAGGAAGGUUUAUUAUAAUCGGACAGCAGCAUCCGCUUUCCUCUCUAAUAAUUGCCGACGCGCAUAACAAGGUGCUACAUUCAGGAGAGGAACGGACACUGAGUGAAGUACGCUGGUCCUACUACCUGGUCGCAGGACAGCACGCUAUUCGCAAAAUAAUCAAGAGCUGCCGACAAUGCAAAAUGGCAAGAGCAAAACCGCAACCACCGAUGAUGGCAAAUCUCCCAAAAGACGGGUUUCAAGGUUUCCCACAAGCUUUUACAAAUAUUGGCCUAGAUUUUUUUGGUCCCCUCACAGUCGUUAUCGGGCGUCGAUCGGAGAAGCGAUGCGGGCUACUAAUCACCUGCUUAGUGACUCGAGCCGUACACCUGGAGGUGGUGCACUCUAUGAGCUCAGAUUUAUUCAUCAUUUCGCUCCGGCGUUUCAUUGUCUACCGCGGAAAACCCGACGUCAUCUUCAGCGAUAACGGUACAAAUAUCGUCGCUGGAGAGAGAGAACUACGAGAAGGCCUAGCAAAUCUGAACGCAAGAAAGGUCAGAGAAGAACUGGCUAUCCAAGCCCUUAGCUGGCGUUUCUCACCGCCUUUCGGCCCUCACUUUGGUGGAGCCUGGGAUAGGCUAGUUCAAUCCAGCAAAUGA